AUGGCAGGCAAAGGGAAAUCAAGUGCAAUUAUGCGAGCAGUUCGUGAAGACGCUGAACAUCAAGAGCGCGAGCGCGAGCGCGAGCGCAUGACUAUGUCUACACGACGUAGGCGAGAGGCUGAGAGAGCUGGUGAAGCCAGAUCAUCAGUUCCACAUCCCGAUGUUGGAUCUUCUCGUGCUACGGAGGAGGAGGAAGAAGAGGAGGAUGCUGUGGACCCCUUUCACGAGACUGAGGUUGUAGCUCGUGGAGGUCGUGGAGGUCGUGGAGGCCGAGGACGGGGACGUGGAGGUCGUGGUGGUCGACCUCAUACUCGAUUCAAUCCGGAUGUGCUAGAUGGUCCGUUUCCCGGUGGCCCGCGGGAUCCGUCUUUGAUACCGAGUUUCAAGUCGCACGUAGCGGCAUAUAUUUGGAGGGGAGAAGUAAGAACGUCCGGUUGGACGAGUGGAGGUAUCAACUCCCUGAACCAAUUCAACUACGAGAAGAUAGCAGCUGUCCUAGAAGACGUAGAUGUAUCCGUAGACAAGCAUUUUCUGGGGAUGACCGGUUUGUAUCCCCUAGCCCGAUGUUGUUUACAGGGCCUAGAUACUCCAUUAUUGUUUGCAUUCGUGGAGCGGUGGCAGCCGGAGACGAACAACUUCCAUAUGCCGUGGGGAGAGAUGACUAUCACUCUCCACGAUGUCCAGAUGAUUCUAGGUGCCAAUGUGGAGGGACGGGUGGUCGCGCCUAGGUACGACGAUGCCAUCGAGCGGACAAACUGCGUGUAUUUACUGUCCGAGAUAUUAAACCUCGAGUUUGAUGAGAUUGACGAGUCAUGGAAGCGUGGGGGCCCCACAUGGAGGAUGAUACAGGGACAGUUGUUGAUGCCCGACACGCCCAUGAGACGCCGAGUUCAGAUAUACCUGGUGUUUCUCCUCGGAUCGAUUUUAUUCCCCGACAAGACAUGUGAUCGGGUGAAACCGUGGUAUAUGCACGUGCUCGAGGAUUCAGUGCUUGAUCAGGUCGGCACGUAUUCGUGGGGUUCGGCCUGUUUGGCCAAUCUAUACAGAGAGUUGGGUAUAUGCAGCCGAGCACAGUCGAGGGGCUUGGUGGGUUGCACCACCCUUCUUCAGAUAUACGAGUAUUUCCCGAGAUUCCAGCCGCCGGAGGAGAGCGAGCGCUACCGCGAGUUUCAGCCUCGAUGCAAGAGGUGGAACGCGUCGCCAAAAGCGGGCACGCUCGAGCAUAUUCGAGGUUUACUCGACAAUAUGACAGCGGAUGAUGUCGAGUGGCUACCGUAUGGUCGGGAUAUACACGAGAGUAUCCCUCGUACGUUGUAUCAUGGCACGAUCCAGUACAUGUGGGUCGUAGAGCCGUAUAUGCCUGAUCGUUGCGUCCGACAGUUCGGGUGGGUUCAGGAUAUACCGCGCGGCUUGAUUCCGUCGAUGGAGCCAUGUUCAGGCGGUCCCAAAGGAGGCUCAUUCCAUUCGUGCCCGCGCAUACAAGACGGCACGACAACGGGGGGGGAAGUCGACGAGCAUUACAUGGAGUGGUACACCGAUCGGACUCAGCCGAAGAUCAACAACCCCGACGUAGGCCCGACUCCAGUGCAUCGAGAGAAUGUGAGGCCACCAGAUCAGCCGGCUUAUUACCAGGUAGUACGUGCCCUGUACCCGAUCACCAGGAGCACUGGACAGGACUGGAUGCAGCAGUUUGCCGAUCUACGUGCCGAUCUUGGAGAUAUUAUGCAGCCCGCCGCCCGAUAUCUUGGCAUCGACCGUGACAACGACAACGACGGCGACGAUCAUGAGGUGCAGCCGGCGAGAAGAGCGAGGCGGUAG